UACAUGCAUGCUUAACUUGGCCUUUUAUGUCUUCUCUCUUUCUGUCAUGACUAGGAACUAUGCGGUUUCGUGUGAUCAUUGCACCAGAUGACAUAAGAAGACUCCACAUCGAAAGCCUUCCGGACACGCUUGAUGCAUUCAUCGAUAUACUGAAGAGAGAACUAAGUUUGGAUGGAACGCUGAUAGUGCAAUUUGAAGACCCAAGCUUCGGCAAUGAAUUAUGUAAUCUGACAAGCAUGUCUGACCUGACAGGAGACACGACUACAUUGAAGGUUUUCCAGAAGCAUAUCCAAGAGUCUUCAAAUGUCCAGGACACCUCCAAUGAUGAUCAGCUUUCUGAUUCCACACUCGACACUGCUAGCUUGCCAUCAACCUCCUCUGGAGAAUCAACUCCCAAACGCAGUGGAUAUCUACCAGACCCUUUCAUCAUUCCAAAGUUCCCAACAGACAUGGAGUUGAGACUACAGCGUGGCAAUGAGGCAUAUUUCAGAGAUGGCUCUCUUUUGGAAGUGUCUAAAUCUAUGUCCAGUGCCAUCCUCGAUACAUUGGCAGAGGCGCUGUUUGAAAUAAAGACCCACCCUAGCCCUGGAGAUUGUGCCAUUGUUGCGAAAGCUUUGGUGGAAAAAUUUCCUUGCCUAAAAGAACCUGGCUCAACAUGUGGGUGGUAUGCCUGGAAAUACAGCAUAUCCUUCAAAAUGGGGAAUUUCAGGCAGCAGUUACGCAUUGCUGGGUCAGUGGAGCUUUCUGUGCACAAACGGUCAGCCUCCGGGGAUUCCAAGAGACCACAGAAAGCCAUGAGGUCAGAGGUGAAUUUUCUGCCAGAACACCCUCAGAAUAGAACCAUGGAAAUGCUUGAACAAGACCGAAACGAUUUACAGAGUGAAAUGAAGAAAAAGAAUGUGGACUGGAAGAAAGUCGAUGCCCUUAUGGACAGCACCUUUUCACUGAGGAGGAAGGAGGUCAUCAGAGAGGAGCCUUUGGUCAAAGAUCUCAAAACCAGAUGGCCAGCGUUGUUCACUGAGCGGCAGAUUGAAGCAGAAUUCAGACGGAUUGUCUCCAAGAACCUGAAGCAGUCAUUUUUUGACGGCCUGGAUUAG